AUGGCUCCAAUCCGUCGUUACCUGCGGAUCAGCAAGCAUUCCGUUCUCGAAUGUCGCAUCUUCCUUGAGAAUCCCGCCGAUGAACCAAGGUGGCUCUUGAACGAGAGAGACCCCGCCCUCCCACGAGUCUUUGAGGCUGUCAAGCCAUAUGUCCUACCAAAACUACGCGAAGAGAAUGAGCGGGUGCGAGGGAAGGGCAAAAAGAAGAAGAGUGUCAAAGAUGUCGUCCAACAGGACGACUUCGAAGUUUCUAUCUUCCUCACCGAGAUCAGGACCCGCCACUGCCUUCUGGUCAAGAACAAGACAUUCAAGCAAAAAGGCCCAAUAAGAAGCAACAACAGCAACAAGAUGACUGGCGCCGAUCACGACGCUGUCAUGGUGCAGGAUGAGAGCGACGAAGAGAAUGCCAAUUUAAGCGAUAUACCGUCUGCCGAAGACCUGGAAGGCCGUCAUGGGGAUCCGAGCCACCCAUCCGUAGGUCGCAAUCUUGACGAUGGAGGCGAGGAUGACGAUAAGAAGAAGCUAGGUUUCAUGACGACAUAUGAGGGAUUUAACAUCUGGGGUUGGGUGCUUUGUCUCUUCAUUGAGCGCAAAGGCGGUCUCAGCAAGAAAGCCUCUGGGAUUCAAGGCAGUUCGCAGGCACUCAUGCAAGACUGGAUCCAGUCAACCCAAGAACAAAAGGAUGAGGAUUCGUGA